AUGGGAGACUUGAAGUCGGGCUUCGAGGAGGUGGACGGCGUGCGCCUCGGCUACCUGGUGAUCCAGGGCAAGCAGAUGUUCGCCCUCUCGCAGGUCUUCACGGAUCUGCUGAAGAACAUCCCGCGCACGACGGUGCACAAGCGCAUGGACCACCUGAAAGUCAAGAAGCACCACUGCGACCUGGAGGAGCUGCGGAAGCUCAAAGCCAUCAACUCCAUCGCCUUCCACGCCGCCAAAUGCACCCUCAUCUCCCGCGAGGACGUGGAGGCUCUCUACACCUCGUGCAAGACCGAGCGGGUGCUCAGGACCAAGCGCCGGAGCCAAGGGCCGCCCCAAACCUCGCCCGGCCCGGACCCCUACGCGGCUUUCUGGAAAGACGGCGGCGCCAAACUUUGGCUGGGCUUGAAUGGAGCCGCGGCUCACAAGAGGAAAGCGUGGCGGGCGGCGGCGGACUCGAGCGCCUUCCUACCGGCUUCGGAUCUACCUCACUUUUGGAGGCCAUCCCCCGGGCAGAGCUCGCCGGGACUGGCCCGAUCGCCUCGCAAAGGGGCGGCAAACUAUGAAACUGGCCCGCUGGGGCCCCGCUACGUCUCCCUGGCUUCGGAACCGGCUUACUUUCGGAGCCUGCUCUGCUCCAAGCACCCCCACUACUACUACCACUCCUCGGCCGCCAUUGCCAGCCAGCCCAAGCUCGCCGCUGCAGCCGCCGCCGCCGCUGCCGCAGCUACCGGAGGCAGCCCGCUGACUCUGGGCUGCCGGGCCAAGCGGAAAAACGCCGCCGAAGGCCGCUUGCCGGGCGGCUGCGGGAGGCGCCUGCUGCUCUUGCCCCGCGCCUGCAAGCUCAAAGGCGCCGCCGCCGCUGCCGCUGCAUCCCAGCGCCUGCCCGGCUUGAACGCUUUCCUGGCGCCGCCGCUGCCCCACCACCACCACCACCACCACCAGCCUUUCCUCGAGAGCUACAGCAGCGACUCCGAGUCCAGCUCCUACUCGGACCACGCGGCCAACGACUCCGACUUCUGUUCCAGUUUGUCCAGCACCAGCAAUUCGGCUUCUUCGGAGGAGGAGGAAGAGGAGGAGGAGGAGGAGGAAGGCAGCUGCGCCUCGGAUUCCAGCGAGCUGAGCUCCGACGAGGACGACGACGAGGACGAAGACGAGGAGGACGACGAGGACGACGAGGAGGAGAGCAGCCCGGAGUCGGAUUCCAGCUCGGGCUCCAGCCAGGUGUCGGUGCAGAGCAUCCGCUUCAGGCGCACCAGCUUCUGCAAGCCGCCCAGCCUGGCGCCCGCCGCCCACCUCUACCCCCCGCACCCGCACCCGCGCUGGGCCGGCCGCCAGGAGCCCCAGCGGCUCAUCAAAGCCGAAGCCUCCGAGGAGGAGGACUGGAGCAGCAGGGCCGCCUGGGCCCCCAAGACCGAGCCCGGCCUGGGCUGCCUCCCGCCGCCGCCGGCCUUGUGCUUCGCCCAGCUCGGGCGGACCCCAGGAGGCUGCGAUGGAGCCCUCUUGGCCGGCCGCUCUCCCUCCCCGCCUCCUGACCCUUCCGCCUGCCCGCCGCCCAGCCCAAAGAGCAGCCCGCCUUGGCCCCGGCCCAGGACAGCCCGCCCGCCCAGUCCUCCCCCGCCGCUGCCGGCAGAGAGCCCCCCCGCCGCCCCCAGGGAGCCCCCCCCCACAGCCGCCCAGCCGGAUCGCCGGCCCUCCCCCUGCUCGGACUCUUCCGUCGCCCCAAGCCAGCCCCUGGGGGCUGCUGCUGCUGCUGCUGAAUGCCCCGCUCCCCCCGCGCCUGCCCACUUCUUGCCUCUUGUGCCCCUUGCCCAGAUCAAAGUGGAGGACAGCAGUGCCAACGCCGAGUACGGAGCCCUCCCGCUGCCCAGCCCGGGCCAGGCCCCACUCAAAUGUGAAAGCAGCCCCGAGGAGCCCAAGCUGGAGGCCGACGGCGGGCCAUCGCCCCCGGCCAGCCCCACGCGGCAGCCUCGGGAGGACCUGCUGCUGCCCGCCAAGGAAGACCCCGCCUGCACUGACGAGCCCCCCAGCCCCCCGCAGCCGGUCCCCCCCAGCCAGGCCCUCGCCGCGUGCACUUUAGGCGCUGCUGCUGCUGCUGCUGCCAAACCCGAGGAUGGGGAAUACAAAUUUGGAGCCAGGGUGAGGAAAAACUACCGGACUUUGGUGCUGGGCAAGAGAGCCAUCCUCCCCAGCUCAGACCCGCUCAAACCAAAUCUGAAAACGGCCCGGAGCCCCCGGCCGCCCCCGGGGAAGCUCUUGGAGGCUCCCGAUGGAACACUGGAUGACUUGGCGGCUCUCAGCCGGCGCAAAAGGGUCGCCAGCACCGUCGCCUCGGCUGUCAAAAGGCCCUUUAACUUUAUGGGCAAUUUCCCCUGCCCGCCCUCCUUGGUGGUUGGCCUCGAUGGAGAUUUGUUGCCAGCCUACACCUUGAACACUGCCAAGGAUGCCCAAGCACCUCCCAAGGCCCAUCCUGUCUGGAAAUGGCAGCUGGGCGGGUCAGCAAUACCUCUUCCACCCAGCCACAAAUUCAGGAAAUUUCAUUCAUAAACGAGAUUGAAUGGGAACCCUACUUGGUUAUUUACAACCCCACACCCCAUCCUUCUUUUCCUUACAUUUUUGAGAAUCUACCCUGGAUGGCUUCUCCCAUGAAGAUCCUAUUUUU